ACGGAAGUGACGCCUGACGUGACGUGUCAUUUUCCGCACAGGCAUUAUGGGAUCCAUGAAAUGAAGAAAAAAUCAUGAAACUCAGGCGAGAAGCGCACAUAUAGAUCAUAAAUGUCAUAAAGAGCAUCUCGAUCAUAACGAUCAGCAUGAUUAUGAUCAUGUGUGCGACACACAGGCGCGUUCGCGGCUGAAGUCAGACACAUUUAUUGAUGUGUGUGCGGCACCGAGGGUUAUUUAUGUGUCUCGCGCUGGAGCCGAAACAUCCCGGUCGGUUUAAUUGAGUUAUUAAUCAUUAAUUAGAGUUGAAUUGGUGUUGAAUGAGUGUGAAGAUGUCGACCAGCAGCCCUGAAGCGGUGAAGAAACUCGUGGAGAACAUGCAGGCGGAUCUGCGCUCUCUGUCCAUGGAGUGCAAGAAGAAAUUCCCUCCAGUCAAAGAGGCCGCAGAGUCUGGCAUUGUGAAGAUCAAAACCAUUGCUGCUAGAAACACGGACAUCCUGGCAGCGCUGAAGGAGAACAGUUCUGAAGUGGUCCAGCCGUUCCUCAUGGGCUGCGGAACCAAAGAACCCAAAAUCACCCAGCUGUGUCUCGCCGCCAUUCAGAGACUCAUGUCACAUGAAGUCGUGUCCGAGGCGGCGGCGGGGAACAUCAUUAACAUGCUGUGGCAGCUGAUGGAGAACGGACUGGAGGAGCUCAAACUGCUGCAGACGGUUCUGGUGCUGCUCACCACCAACACCAUCGUACAUGAUGAAGUCCUGUCCAAGGCGAUCGUUCUGUGUUUCCGGCUGCACUUCACUAAAGACAACAUCACCAACAACACAGCGGCCGCCACCGUCAGACAGGUCGUGACCGUGGUGUUUGAGAGGAUGGUGGCGGAAGACGAGAAAUUCAAAGGUCUGACGGAAGAACCGCCUGCUGUCCAGGGCAACAGUAACCGGCGCUCUGUCAGCACGCUGAGACCCAGCGCUAAAGACGCAUACAUGUUGUUCCAGGACUUGUGUCAGUUGGUGAACGCCGACGCCCCCUACUGGUUAGUGGGAAUGACAGAGAUGACCCGGACGUUCGGCUUAGAGCUGCUGGAAUCGGUUUUAAACGACUUUCCUGAAGUUUUCCUGCAGCAUCAGGAGUUCAGUUUCCUGUUGAAGGAGCGCGUGUGUCCGCUGGUCAUCAAGCUGUUCUCUCCCAACAUCAAGUUCCGGCAGGGCAGCUGUUCCAGCGCGUCGUCUCCGGCGCCCGUGGAGAAGCCGUAUUUCCCCAUCUGCAUGAGACUGCUGCGGGUCGUCUCGGUUCUCAUCAAACACUUCUACAGCCUCCUGGUAACAGAGUGUGAGAUCUUCCUGUCUCUGCUGGUGAAGUUUCUGGAUGGAGAGAAGCCGCAGUGGCUGCGAGCCGUGGCCGUGGAGUCCGUGCACAGACUGUGUGUUCAGCCACAUUUACUGCGGUCUUUCUGUCAGUCGUACGACAUGAAGCAGCACUCCACCAAAGUGUUCAGAGACAUCGUCAACGCUUUGGGCUCCUUCAUCCAGUCCCUCUUCAUCCUCCCCAACACAGGAAACACUUCAUCCACUGGCACUCCUGCAGGUGGGUCGGUGUCGGGUUCGCAGGCGUCUGGUCCGGGCGGUCCGGGUGCAGCAGGUACAGGUGGAGCUCUGACCACACAGGCUGCUUUUGAGUACCGGGGCACGUGGAUCCCCCUCAUGAGCGUCAGCGUCCAGGGCAGUGCCAAAGCCACCUAUCUGGAGAUGCUGGAUAAGGUGGAGCCGCCCUCCAUCCCUGAAGGUUACGCCAUGUCUGUGGCGUUCAGCGCCCUGCUGGAUCUGGUGAGGGGCAUCACACUGAUGAUCGAGAGAGAGCUCACCAAACAGGAACAGGAAGCUGCAAUGAGAGAGGAGGCGGAGCCUGUUUUGUCUCCCCCUCAGGAACCCCUGGCUCAUGAGGUUUGGGAGGAAAUGGUGAACGCCUGCUGGUGCGGCUUACUGGCGGCUCUCUCACUGCUGCUGGACGCCAGUACGGACGAGACGGCCACAGAAAACAUCCUGAAAGCGGAGCUGGCCAUGGCGUCUCUGUGCGGCCGUCUGGGUUUGGUGACGCCACGUGAUGCUUUUAUUACAGCCAUCUGUAAAGCCUCUCUUCCUCCUCACUACGCCCUCACCAUCCUGAACAGCAACGCUGCCAACCUCUCCAAUAAAGUGUACUCCAUCCAGGGUCAGAGUGUGCAGAUGGUCAGUCCGUCCAGUGAAUCACACCAGCAGGUGGUAGCAGUCGGUCAGCCGCUCACCGCUCAGCCGCAGGGCACCGUAGUGCUCACAGCGAAGAACAUUCAGUGCAUGCGGACGCUGCUGAAUCUGGCUCAUUGUCACGGUGCUUAUCUGGGAACAUCAUGGCAGCUGGUUUUAGCCACACUACAGCAUCUGGUGUGGAUUCUGGGUCUGAAACCGUCUGUCGGUGGCGUUCUGAAGCCGGGCCGGGCCGUGGAGGGUCCCAGCACGGUUUUGACCACAGCGGUGAUGACCGAUCUACCCGUCAUAUCAAACAUCCUCUCCAGACUCUUUGAAAGCUCACAAUACCUUGACGACGUCUCUCUGCAUCACCUGAUAAACGCCCUGUGCUCUUUAUCCAUGGAGGCGAUGGAGAUGGCUUAUGGAAACAACAAGGUGCGUCGUUUCUUGGACCUUCAGAUCAGUGCGGAGCCGUCUCUGUUUGCGGUGGCCAAACUCUUAGAGACCGGACUGGUCAAUAUGGACCGGAUUGAGAUUCUCUGGAGGCCGCUGACGGCUCAUCUACUGGAGGUGUGUCAGCAUCCUAACACUCGUAUGAGGGAGUGGGGUGCAGAGGCCAUUACCUCACUGAUCAAAGCUGGACUCUCCUACAAACACGAGCCACCGCUGUCCCAAAACCAGCGGCUGCAGCUGCUGCUUCUGAACCCUCUGAAGGAGCUCUCCAACGUCCUUCACGCUGAUAUCCGACAGAAACAGCUGGAGUGUGUCCUUCAGAUCCUACAGAACCAGGGAGACAGUCUCGGACCGGGAUGGCCUCUGGUACUGGGGGUCAUCGGAGCGAUCCGCAAUGACCAGGGUGAAUCCCUCAUACGAACAGCGUUCCAGUGCCUGCAGUUGGUGGUGACCGACUUCCUACCCACAAUGCCUUGCAUGUGCCUCCAAAUUGUGGUGGAUGUAGCCGGCAGCUUUGGGCUUCAGAACCAGGAGCUGAACAUCAGCCUGACGUCUAUCGGCCUGUUGUGGAACAUCUCAGACUACUUCUUCCAAAGGGGAGAAGCUAUUACAGAGGAGCUGGAAAAGGAGGAGGCAGUUCUUUUGAAACAGGCCCAAGAUAAAGGUGAACCUCUAAACCGACCCUUUCACCCUGCGCCGCCCUUUGACUGUCUGUGGUUGUGCCUGUAUGCCAAACUGGGUGAGUUGUGUGUGGACCCACGGCCGGCUGUGAGGAAAAGCGCCGGCCAAACAAUGUUCUCCACCAUUGCUGCUCACGGAACGCUGCUGCAACCAUCGACCUGGAACAUUGUGGUUUGGAAGGUUCUCUUUCAUCUGCUGGACUGUGUAAGGAAGUCCUCCACCACGGCCGACAAGGAGAAGAUCGAAUCUGGAGGUGGAAACAUCCUCAUCCACCAUUCACGUGACACGGCAGAGAAGCAGUGGGCGGAAACGUGGGUUCUGACGCUUGCGGGCGUAGCUCGUAUCUUCAACACCAGGAGAUACCUGCUCCAGCAGCUGGGUGACUUUUUCAAGGCUUGGGAAGUUCUUUUGGACCACAUCCAGUCCGCUGCCCUCAGCAAGAACAAUGAAGUUUCCCUCGCCGCCCUCAAGAGCUUCCAGGAGAUCCUUCAGCUAGUCACGCCCGUUAAAGACACAGAUAAACCCGAUGCUCUUGCAGCUAUGGACGUUCCUCAUGUCCUUAUGGAGUCUCUUCAAGGUUCCGGUCCAGGAAGACCCCUAGUCCGAUCGGAUUCCCUUGCCGAGCGACUAGCCCAGCGGUACGGCGUCCAACCUUCACUUCCGCCACCUGGAGAGGAGCUGGAUGACUCAGCCCUUUGGUGGUCAGCGUGGAACACUUGGUACCGGGUAGGAACCGAGUGCACGCGACCCCCUAGUGGUGGAACAGACAAACUAGCGUUCGUACCCAGCCAGCCUUUCCUGACAGCGCUAAUACAGAUUUUCCCAGCGUUGUACCAGCACAUCGCAGGAGGCUUCAGCAUGGAGGAUCUCAAGAAGCUGGGGGUGAUUCUGUAUGGAGCCGUGUCGGUCCCCAUAAGUUCCGACUCCUCGCCAUUCAUCUUGCCCUCCUACACGGAGGCGGUGCUCACCAGCCUGCAGGAAGCGGUCCUGACCGCCCUCGAUGUCCUGCAGAAGGCAAUUUGUGUGGGUUCGGAGAAUCUCCAAGUGAUGUAUCCCGCCAUCUUUGAACAGCUCCUGCUGUUCGUUGAGUUCUCCUGUAAACCUCCUCAGUACGGAAAGAUGGAGACCAAACACGUGGCCAAUGCCAAAUACAACCAGAUCCAACUGUUUGCACCGGCGGAAUGGGUGGCCUUAAACUACGUGCCGUUUGCGGAGCGAUCUCUAGAAGUGGUGGUCGAUUUGUAUCAUAAAACGGCCUGUCAUAAAGCCGUUAUCACCGAGAAAGUCCUACAAAACAUCAUUAAGACUCUGAGGAUUCCUCUGGGUCUGAAGUACGCCUGUCCUGCUGAGAGCACCUGGAAACUGGCCGUCUCCUCUCUGCUCAAAGUGCUUUCCAUUGGACUCCCUGUUGCCCGGCAACAAGCAUCCUCAGGCAAAUUUGACACAAUGUGGCCGGAGCUAGCGAACGCAUUUGAGGACUUCCUGUUUACCAAAAGCACACCUCCAGAUAAUCUGUCCAUACAAGAGUUCCAGAAGAAUGAAGCUGUAGAUGUUGAGGUGGUGCAGUUGAUCAGCACAGAGAUUUUACCAUUUGCCAAUUUCAUACCCAAAGAGUUCGUAGGUCGUAUCAUGAGCAUGCUCAAUAAAGGAUCGAUUCACUCCCAGUCUUCAUCAUUCACAGAGGCUGAAAUGGACAUCCGUAUGCGGGAGGAGUUCUCUAAAGUGUGUUUCGAGACGCUCCUGCAGUUCUCCUUCAGUAAUAAGGUGUCGACGCCGCAGGAGGGCUACAUCUCCCGUAUGGCGCUGUCAGUGCUGCUGCAGAGGGCGCAGGACGUGCUCCGACAAUACGUGGAGGACGAGAGACUCAGUGGACGCUGCCCGCUGCCCAGGCAACAAGUGACUGAGAUCAUCUUCGUGUUAAAAGCCAUCAGCACACUCAUGGAUUCCUUGAAAAAGACUCAACCAGAGAACGUGGAUGGGAACGUGUGGGCUCAGGUGAUCGCGCUGUACCCGACGCUGGUGGAGUGCAUCACCUGCUCAUCUCCUGAAGUGAGCUCCGCCCUCAAAGACGCCCUGGGGCCCUUCAAAGACUUCAUGCAACCGCCCGUCUCCAAAGUGCAGAACGGCGAGUCGUGACUGAACGUUUUUAUUCCACCGCAAACAUGAAUGUGACUGUUUCAUACACCACGCGUGAGGACUCCGAUUCACCCCCAUCGUCAUGGCAAACUGUUGAUCGACAGCUCCAAAUCAUUCUAAGCUUCUUCUAAUACGAGCUGACGGUAGACUCUGAUUGGCCAACUUUAACGAUGUAUUAACUGCUACGUUAAAUUUGCAGUGUUUGUUGUUUUUAUGGGUUUUUGGUUUUUUUUCCCCCCUCUGGAGUUAAUGUACAGUGUUUGGUGAUAGUGUUAAAGAUGUAAUUAAGAAUUACGUAUUUGGAUUGAAAAUCAAAUCCAAAAAAUCAUUUAAAAAGAGAGAACGGAAACAUCAUAAACACAUGAAGGAUGGUCUUUUUUUUUUUUUUUUUUGGUGAAAUUUUCUCAACAGCAAUGAAUUUUAUGCAAGAUCUUACUGUAACAUUCCAUGUCAUCUUUAGCCGCAUUGAGAAGGGUUGAACCCGGUGUGUGUACAAUAAUAAAUGGUACAGUUCUAUGAACAUCAAACGUAUCGCUCCUCUGGUUAUUCAUGAAACGUAUUUCAUCUCCAGUAGCGCCAGUUCAUUUACAUUCAAAUAUGACUGUAUGAAAAACAUUCCAAGCUCUUUUGAAUGUUCAUGAAGCAAAAAAAAAAAAGUUUUAGCACAGUCGGGUGGUAAUUAUCGAAGGAUAAUUGCAACCUGACAAGAUGAUUAGGAUUCCAGCUUUGGUAUCGUAUUAAUUGAGAAACUACAUGGAAUAUUUGUGGUUUGAAAAAUGUAUUUCAUCACAGAACCAUUUAAAAUAAGGCAAAAACUGAUUAAAAACAAAUUAUGCCCUAAAAUGUUUUUCAAUCUACAUUAAUACAUUUCAUCUAAAAUCUUAAAUCUGAAAAAUAUCAAGUUUCACUUGCAUUUGUUUUACAGCCAAAAAACAAUUGGAUUCCCAUUCUUUUGGGCUUUAAAACUGGCUUCACUUUCAAAUAAGGGCAGGGUUUUUAUGUUUUUGGACGCAGCCAUUUCGCCUCAGCACGACUGGAACGCUGUAUUGACCAAUCGGCAUCCAGAACGAGAACUAUCGGUUUUAUAUAAUAUUUGUAUUGAACUGUUUUUAUUGUCUGAAAAAGCUUGUACAAAAUACGUAAUUUGCCAAGUUAACGUAUUAUUUAACAACACAAAGUCUCUCUCAGGACUUCUGUUCCGGUUGUAGGUCUUUACAGUAAGUGAGUGUCAAUCAAAAUCAACUCAUUCAAAAUCACGAGCUCUAAGUCUCGUGUGAACUCAGGAAAGAACCAUUGGCUGAGGAAUGCCGGAGGCGUGGACCCUUUUGGGGGUGUGUGUGUCGUGGGCGGUGGCCCUCUGACACCCCAUUGGCUGCGCUCCCAGCCAAUGGUGGAGCAGCUGAAGGGAGUGUAGCCCGCUCACGAGACGAGUACUACGACCAUUCAGCUCGGAAUCUUCGCGCGCUCUGGAACGUUCAGCGCGAAUUCUUGGAAUUCUUUUUAUACGGAUGCGAAUGGGGGACCACGUUUUACGGGCUCCGAAACCGAUUUAGCCGUGUACUGGCUGAGGUAGUAGUUUGUGCUGUUGGUUGGGAUGUGACAUUGCCCGUUAUGGAGAUGACUGCGCAAGCUACUCCCUUGCCAGUGCUGGUUACACUCUUCCCAAGCUGGAAUUCGCUUUGGAAUCCAAAUCGUCUGGGAAAAUAUGUUUUAUGUGAUUUGUAUGUAAAUGUGUGUGAUAUAGUCAUAGUUGUGUGCAUGUUAAAAUUGUUCUGAGAGUUGUAAAUGUGUGCUCUAUGGUAAGUCGUUUAAAUUCAAUAAAUGUGUAUCUUAUGAAA